AUGGGCAGCAAGACACCCUCUUUCAUGCAGGGCAACUGGUGCAAGUCAUCGCAAGAUGAGGAGGACUACACGCCACGGUCACCCAUGGACAAGCUACUUUCUCGCUUCGCGUUGGCUGGCGUCAUCGAAUUGUUGCCUGCGCUCAUGGGCUUGCCUAUUCUCCGUCAACCACUUUGUCCGCAGUCAACUUCUCCCACAGCGCUCCUGCGUUUCGCCGGCUGUCGCAAUCACCACUCGCGCAUCCCAAGCUCUCCUCCCCAACAGCGCUGCAUUGUGCCGGCCUACAUUGCCUCGGUCGGUCGGGGCGCUCCCGCGGUCUGUAGAUCGCGCAAGUUGGGUUUGCGCCCCGAGCCACCCUCCCUCUGA